UGCCACCACUGCCUACCUCCCACUCGGCCACAGCCGCCCACUCGGCCACAGCCUCCCACUCGGCCACAGCCUCCCACUCGGCCACAGCCGCCCACUCGGCCACAGCCGCCCACUCGGCCACAGCCUCCCACUCGGCCACAGCCGCCCACUCGGCCACAGCCGCCCACUCGGCCACAGCCGCCCACUCGGCCACAGCCGCCCACUCGGCCACAGCCGCCCACUCGGCCACAGCCGCCCACUCGGCCACAGCCUCCCACUCGGCCACAGCCGCCCACUCGGCCACAGCCGCCCACUCGGCAACAGUCGCCCACUCGGCCACAGCCUCCCACUCGGCCACAGCCUCCCACUCGGCCACAGCCGCCCACUCGGCCACAGCCGCCCACUCGGCAACAGUCGCCCACUCGGCCACAGCCGCCCACUCGGCAACAGUCGCCCACUCGGCCACAGCCGCCCACUCGGCCACAGCCGCCCACUCGGCCACAGCCUCCCACUCGGCCACAGCCGCCCACUCGGCCACAGCCGCCCACUCGGCAACAGCCUCCCACUCGGCCACAGCCGCCCACUCGGCCACAGCCGCCCACUCGGCCCUUCUCAACCACUGGUUCAAAUAG